CUUCAACAUUGUCAUCUUCCUUUCCAUUUUUUGUUAACACGAUCAUACCUUUUAUUUUAGACUACUUCUAUUCUCCGUUAAAGACUCCAAGAAAGGGUAGCCAAAAUUUCAAGAAGAAGAACAAGACAUUGGAGAAGAGUUGAGUACUGCAGUUCGUCAGAAAGUGGUAUUCUGUUUGACAGACUGUGAAAUUGAGAGAUUGAUGAGAGUGUUCAGUAAGCAAGCAUAACUUGUGAGAACUUAAAGAUGGACGGAUCUCAUGUGUGGACACCAUCUGAUGGUAAUGGACAAAAUGGCAAGAAGACAUUUUGGAGCUAUUGUGUCAUUUGUUGUAUACUGCUCAUUUACACUUCUUCAGAGAAGAUAGGAAUCUUUAUGAACUCAAGAAAACUAGGAAAUUAUAGUUUCAAAAUUGCUGCUGACAAUAUCGGAACAGUACGGCCAUUGGAGAAAGCAUGUCAUUUCAAUAAAAUAUAUCAGCUAGGGGACUCAAUAGCUGAUACAGGAAAUCUUGUUCGAGAGAGUCCCUUCGGCAGUGGUUAUCCUUUCGCCCAUCUUCCUUACGGAGAAACAACCUUUGGAUUUCCUACUGGUCGAUGUUCUGAUGGCCUUCUUAUGAUCGACUACAUCGCAUUGGCAUCUGGUCUCCCAUACCUCGAACCCUCCAUGAAAGAGGAUGGAAACUUCACCGCUGGGGUAAAUUUUGCUGUUGCCGGCAGUACUGCUUUACCAAAAGAGGUGUUGGAAGCUAAAGAUAUUACCAAUCCAAUAUCCAACAGUUCACUUAGUGUACAGUUGGACUGGAUGUCCUCUCAUUUCGCCUCUAUUUGCCAUACCAAAGAAGGAUGCCGUAAGAUGCUUGAAAAAUCUCUUUUCUUCGUUGGAGAGAUUGGUGGUAACGAUUAUAAUGUGCCAUUCCUCGAAGGAAGAAGCAUGAAUGAGUUAACCUCCUUAGUCCCAGAAGUCGUCCAAAGUAUUACCAAUGCUAUCAAGAGAGUCAUUGAUUUUGGGGCAACUCGAAUUAUUGUCCCAGGAAACUUCCCAAUAGGUUGUAUUCCAGUUUAUCUUGCUUACUUUCAGACAAACGACACAGCAGCAUAUGAUGAACAUCAUUGUCUGAAAGACUUGAACAACUUCGCCGAGAUUCACAAUCAGCUUCUAAAAGCAUCCAUCAAGAAAUUGAAGAAAGAUUAUCCCAAAGUUGUCAUUGUCUAUGGUGACUACUACAAUGCCUAUUUGUCACUCCUGUCCAAUGCCCGAAGUCUAGGAUUUGAUGAAAAUUCUUUACAAAAAGCUUGUUGUGGAACUGAGCCAUAUGAUUGCUCUAGUGGCAAGUUCUGUGGCACUCCUGGAGUUAAAGCUUGUCCAAGACCUGAUAAGUACAUAAGCUGGGAUGGAGUUCAUUCCACGCAACAAGCAUACAAGUACAUGACAGCAUACUUGCUGGACUCUAUCAUACCUCAGUUAAAGUGUCAUUCUUCAGCUCUAGAUGCUCGAAUGAAUAAUCAAGCAGUAUUCUAAUUUUUCAUAUUCUUCAACGUUUUGCUAGAUUAUCUGAUAAGGGCCUUUUUCUUUUCCAUCUUUUUGGGGUCCCCUCUUGAGGGCACACUUGUUUUGAUCAUUUUGAAGAAUAGCUAGGAUCUGGCCUUUAAACUAUCUCAUGUCUCGUUAAUUUUGAUUAUUACUUGCUUCACAUAAUUCAGUGCUUACUUUAUUCACUUUA